AUGACCGAACCCUGUGUUGUACCAGAGUACCAAUGCGCUGUGAAAAGAAAAGAAAAGAAAGCCCAGAAGGACAAAGAUAAACCAGUCUCGACGACUAAUGGUAGCCCUGAAUCAAUAAAAGUCGAAGAACCACAUAGGGUUGUAUAUAAAACAGAAGGUGAAACUUUGGGCCGACCAGUCCCAAUUAAUGGCGUCAAACCAGUUUCACCCGAACAGGAAGAACUCAUCCAUAGGCUUGUGUACUUCCAGAACGAGUACGAGCACCCUUCUGAGGAAGACCUCAGAAGGAUUAAUACUCCAAACGAGGAUGAAGAGCAGAGUGACCAAAGGUUCAGGCACCUCACAGAAAUCACGAUCCUCACAGUACAACUAAUAGUCGAGUUCGCUAAACGGUUACCUGGUUUCGACAAGCUCUUAAGGGAAGAUCAGAUUGCUCUUCUCAAGGCCUGUUCAAGUGAGGUGAUGAUGUUGAGGAUGGCCAGGAAGUACGACGCUACUACAGACUCUAUCCUCUUCGCCAACAAUCAGCCCUAUAACAGGGAGUCCUAUAGCCUAGCAGGCAUGGGCGAUGUCAUUGAAGACCUGCUUAGGUUUUGUCGACAUAUGUUCAACAUGAAAGUGGACAAUGCUGAAUACGCUCUCCUUACAGCUAUUGUCAUUUUCUCAGAGAGGCCUGCACUAAUUGAAGGCUGGAAGGUUGAGAAAAUUCAAGAAAUAUACUUGGAAGCUUUGAAGUCCUACGUCGAUAACAGGUCACGACCAAGAUCCCCUACCAUAUUCGCCAAACUGUUGUCUGUUUUGACAGAACUUCGCACGCUAGGCAACCAAAAUUCUGAAAUGUGCUUCUCACUCAAGUUGCAAAACAAGAAAUUACCCCCAUUCCUUGCAGAAAUAUGGGACGUCAACACGUGAGAAUCGCUACACCUCACAGACGACUUUUUCUAUUUCACUCAAGUUACAGUAGAAUCCCGUUUAUCCAGAAUAAUGUGGCCUGGGCUAUAUCGAAAAAAGCGAAAUUUUGGAUAAGAGCUGGUAUGAUCAAUAAAUAAAAAAUCUUGAUAUCAAUUACAUUUGAUGGAGUAAUGUACAAACAUAUUGUUUAUGUUUGUGAUAAAAAUUAAAUACAAACUGUAAAAUAAUAAGAACUUCUUGUUUUACUAAAUAUAUAUUAUUAUAUAAUUAUUUUCUAACAAUAGAAUUGGAUGUAAGAAAUGAUCGAAUUUCUUUCUUUGAAAAUUUAAAUGACAAUUACAAAGCCUUAGCAUUAAAAUUCUUUUAUUUAUUAUUAAGUUAUGUAAUUAAAAUUAAUAAGUUUUCUUAAUAUUAUUGUCUGUUUAUUGAAAAAAAAUCAUUAUGUGACAUUUCAUAACAUUAAAUCUCUAAGAGCUUUAGCAAAGUUUCCUUUUGUGAAAUACUUGUUGUAGCUAUAUUUGAUAAAUGAGAGGUUUCGUGUAAUUUUAGUGAACUUAGUGUGUUUUUUUUUAUAAAUAAAUAAUGUCGAAAUUUACAAAAACGGUCUCAAAAUUUUAACUCCAUCAAAAAUGUAUUUAGUGACUUUUUGCAAUAAACUGGCAAUGUUUAUGUUAGAAUUUCAUUUUUAAAAAAAAUGUAAAUGAAGAAGAUAAUCGGGUUUCUACUGUAAUUUUAUAUUCCUUGCUUACCACUAUUCUUUGAAUAUGCUCUGAGAAUUUAUUUCUCGUGCCGAUUUCAGAAAUGAAUCAAACCUACUUGGAAAUCGCAGUUUAUGCCGCCAUGUGUCUGGUAUAAAAAUUUGUUAUUGUUAAUAUUUCUAUAAUCCUGAAAGUCCGAUUGUUUCGAAAUGAAGUUUUGUAAUGGAAACUACAUUGUUACUAUAUAAGAGAUCAAGUUACACACACUUUGGUAGUAAGUCUCCUCAGAUAGGACUCAAAUCUCAUCGAAAAAUACUGAAGCCUAAUAACUACGAAAAUUAUAUCAAAGCAAUAUAAAUGUUUAAUAGAAUUAUUGUAAAUUGAAAUUCACCGAAUCAUAUUAGCCACUGGUACUUCUCUCUUAGCGGGUAGAGUCCGACUGCUAUCCGCCAAUGUUUAUAAGCUUAACACUGAUAAGCUCUUCGUAUUCGUAUAUAUUGUAUUAUAUUCAUUUUAUUAUGUGUUCGUAUUCAUAUUGAUUGUAGUGUAUUGAUAUUAUUGAAAUUGUGAACAAAAACAGAAAGAAAUGUAAUAAUAAAUGCUUUUAUUUCACAACGUAUAUUUAAAAAUACUUUUAUUUCACAAGGUAUAUAUUAAAAUAUACCAAAACAUAAAUAUAUUGAAAAACAUAAAUAUAUACCAAAACAUAUAUAUCGUAAAAACAUAAAUAUAUACCAAAACAUAAAUAUAUAAUUAAAAAACACGACUUUGCCAGGCCCUCCAAUUUUUUUAUUCGACCUGUAUAACAUGUCAUGGGCACAAACUUCUCUUAAAAAUUUGUUCCAUGCUACGACAGUUUGGGUGGAUAGUUUGAGCUGCUCUUUCCCCCACUGAAUUGUAGUUAAAUUAUGGGACCACCCAUAAAUGAAUUUUAAAGCCGUCAAAAAAUAAAUCCUGGACCCCUCUAACCACGUUCCUUUCCUUAUAGAAACGGUUUUGUUACACCUACGAGAGCAUCUCCAUUUAAUCUUCCCGUCGAACUUCAUUUUACGACCAUCACAAUAAUCACAAUAUUUCACCUUAUCAAAUAUACCGGCGUCUUGAAAAUAUUUGAUAGCCUCUUCUUCCGAAGACGGCAAUUCCCACAAUGUGACUACAUCCAUAAUUCCAGUUGAAACAAAACAACACAAUAUUAACAAAAGAACACAAUAUAAUACUAAACAACACAAUAACUUAAAGAAUACUAAAGAACAACUAAACUAAAGAACAAGAAAAACUAAAGAACACAAUAACUUGAGAAACGAGAUUGGGUCGAUAAGGGAGGUUAUCUGAAACGAGAUUAGAUAAGAAGGAAGGUUUCGACUCUACCCCCUAAGAGAGAAGUACCUAGCCACUCACAACACAUGCUGUAAAUUUUCCAUUGUACAAUGUUCGUAUUUCUAUUGAAUUAUAUGACAUUAUUGCUUGGUUAAACUGCAGGCUAGUUCAGCUUUAACACUUGCAUUUUCAAUGUUUAUGUCGGGUUAUAAAAACUAAUUUCAAUGAAAAACAUUUCAAUAUCUUAUAUUUUAUAUAAAUCCUCGUGUAAGAUGUAAGGUAUACUGACCCUGCAUGAAGUUUUAUGAUGAAUAGUUAUUUACGUGAAUUUUUUAACUUAUAAAUUUAUACAUUUCUAAAAUUGUCAUUAAUAUUGAUCACUCCCUAAUAAUUACUUUAUUAUUUAAAUAUUCUUAUUUUUAAUAUAAAAAAAAAACUUUAGAAACAAAUGACUCCUCUAAAUGAAUAUUUCUUAUGUGUGAGAGAAUGCUUAAUUCCCAUCUAAAAUAAUUUUUAAAAUAUCUCUAAUUAAAUGAAGCUUAUUAAAGCAAUUAUUAUUAGUAGAAAUUAGGUGAUUCGAAUAGAAAUGAAACUAUUUUAAGAAAAAAAUGUUUAUUUCAAGAAUAAGAAUUGUUCUUUAAUUAAAAAAUAAUUGAUGUACUAAAUUUUAAUACGAUGUACAUAUCAUAUAGUAAUAUGUUGAAGCAUUUCUGAAAUUUUAAAAAGUAUAUUUUUUUAAUAUUGCUUCCACUUUAAUUUUAAAAAAGAUUCAGAGUUUUUUUUUUUUUAAGUUCUGUCAUUCUGAACACAUGCCUACGAUGCAUACAUCAUACACAGCUAGCCAGUCGUAAUAUAUACUGCCUCAGUGUUGUGUAAUAAUAGAUUUGUCUUUUUAUACCUUUUAUAUGAAUUGUUUUAUUCGAAAGAUAACUGCCUUUUUUUUAUAUUGUAUCAUAAAUUUGUAGCUGUACUUUUUUCGGGGGGAAUCAACAUAAUAAUUUUAAAAAAUAUUUCCUUAUUUCUAAGGAAUGUUUUAACUGCCAGAGUGGUGUCACUUUAUGACGAAAUUAUUAUUCGGAUACAAGAAGGUUGAUAAAUGAUAGAUUCAUUAAAAGAUGUGAGUGGUUCGUGAGGGUCAACAUUUAGUUGGUUAGCGAUGAUUCUCAAAAAUGUAACGGGUAGGACCAAAGGAAGGGUCGCCUUAGAGAGGUUCUUAUUACUAAGGGUUACAGAGUGCGGGUUAUGUAGGUGCGAGGGUUGUGCAAUUAUUAGAUGGUCAAAGGUUUUUUUAUUUUUAAAAAAAUUAACGGAAUAAAAUCAUGUUAUGAUUUUAAUAAUUCUCCUUAAGUCGUUGUUAUUAUUAUGUCUCCUCACUCAGUAGUUUCUCAAAAGUAGUCAAUUUUUAAAAUUUAGGAUAAUUGGUAUUUACUUAAUGUUCGCUUUCCCUUAUAAAAAAAAAUUAAAAAACAAAAAGAAAAAAAAACAAAGAGCAUUUUUUCAGUGUUCUUUACUGUUUAACGAUAGAAUGUGGCAGUAGCAAUAAUUCAUUUCUUUUAUUUUAGUCGAAAUACAAAUUACUACUAACCAAUUAGUUUGCUAAAGUAAGGUUGUGAUUUUCAACUUGCUACUCUUGUUUUUUGAUCUUGGUGUGCUUGUCCACCACAAAUCGGCUGUGAUUAAUAUAUUUUAAUUAUAAUUUGUACAAAUUAAAACAAAAAAAAAAAAAAUGUAGUCACAUUAAGGACGUUUUCAAUUUGUCCUGUACAUAUAUAUUUUUUUUUUAAACAAAGGAUAAAUUAAAAAAAGUAUUUGUUAUUAUUAGUUGAAAUAUAAAAGUUAUUUUUUUUCUUCUUCUGGAGUAUUUAUUUUACAGAUAAUUAAGAUGAUGUAUGUAUAUAUUUUGGCCGUACUGUGGAUAUACAGAAUGAAUAAAUAUAUAUAUAUUGAAAAGUUAUUGUUUAUUAUGUGUAAAUAUUAUAAAUAAUAUAAAUAAAUGUAAUAUUUAGGUAAUUUUUAAUUAUAAUAUAAACAAUAAUUGUUAGUAGAUUGGUUAAAUUUAAGACUGGGAGAAAUGCUUAAGGUGCCUUUUGUUAUGUGCGCCGCUCAACAUGUGGAUCAACUCAAAAGCGAAGCGACAGCAAAAGUGACGGACUGUGUUUAUUGGGCGUUAUAGUUGAUUUGCUCAGGUGCUAUGUCGUGCAAAUACCAGAUGAAUAAAGUAUAUAUAUAUAUAUGUAUGUAGGUGAUUUGUGUCUGUAUGAAAAAUAUAAAAGAAUUUUUAAAUUUAACUAUAGUUUCUAAUUAGCAAAGAAGAGAAGUUGGAUAACCGUCCUAGGCAAUUCGCACGUCGCGGGUCAAUUAAAAACUUUAAAAGGCUGCAUUAGCAACCUUAAGGUAUAGAAUUUUAUGUUUCUGAUGUCCCAUAUUUCACUUAUUGCAGACAUUCUAUCCCAUGUCAAUUUUUUUUUGUUUUAAUUCUUAAUAAUAUUCUUUCACAAUAAUUCAUGCCUUAAAAGGGAUUUUCAAUUAUUUAACUUGUAAAUAUACUUACUGUUUAUAAUAUUGAAUAAUAUAUAAAUGUAAUGUUAACAGUUAGUAUGUCUUUUGUGUCAAUGUUGUUGAAGGUCUCACUUUGUAGUAGGUGGGACUUGGUUCUCUUUGUUUCUCCAGGGAAGAUUGACCAUGGCUGUCGGAGCUGUAAUUCCACGUUUAAUUUUAUAUGUACUCGCUCGCUCGCCCCUUUUCGUUUCUACAUUCAAUUAUCUAUAGAAUCAUUUCUUAGUAGAGAGCUAUUAAAAAUACAGGCAGGCAAGAAUGGUAAAUUUGAUAAAAAAAUAAAUAAAAAAAGGAAAGAAAGAAAAAAUGGUCGAACUAUUCUUAUUUACAUCUUAUUUUGUAUAUAUUUUUUUUAUUUUUAUCCAUUUAAUUUUUUUAUCUUAUGUGCUUUAAAUGUUAGCUCCACAAUUUAUUGAUUUAUAUAGUGUGUUAAUGAUGGUGAUUGCAAUUUACUCAGCAUUCGAAAAGAUUUGUGACAUUUUUAAGUAUUUUCAUGGUUUCUUAAAUUGACAUAAUAUUUUAAGUAUCAGUAGAUACAUUCUUUAUAUAUAUUUGUAUUUGAACCUCUAUGUAUCUGCCUUAAAAGGUUAAAAAAAAAAAAUUAUUUAAAACAGCAAUUUUACCAAAAUAUGUAGAACAUACAUAAGUGGAUCAAAAUUUCACUUUAUUUAUUUAAUAUAAAUAUAUAUUUUUUUACAAAUUUCAAGAUUCCUGUAAAAACAUUUUAUAUAUAUUAUUCGAUUCUUAAUAAAUAUUUAUUUGAUAUAAGAGGUUCAAACUGAUUAUAAAUAUUCAUCCAAUCUUAACUUUUUAUAAAUGUGGAAUGACGGUAGUCGGAAUCGCCUAUACAAAACUGCCAUCAGUGCUUCACUGCCAAUUUUCCAAGUGUUCAUUGCCAUGCCUGCCUGAUUUUCCUUAACUGUUCAGUUUUGUUUUAACCACCUUGCUCUUACAGCCACCCACGAAACAAUGAACUCUGAAGACUGUACUUUUAUAAGAAAAUAUUUAAAAUAAAAAAAAUUGUAUGUUGAUACAAUAUCAAUGGAAAGAGAAAGCUACGUGGGUGAUGCUAAUAAAGACCUUAUUUUAAUUAUGAAGUUAGAAUUAAAAAUAAGUAAAUAAAACACAAAAAAAAAAAAAAACAGUGGCUUAUAAAGUUUUCCCAUUUAUUAAAAAUAGAAAUUUAAAAAAAGAGAGAAAUGAUUGAAAAUUUUAGAUAAAUCUAUUAGUAUAUCUGGAAAUACGUGCAAUAGAAGUACAUAUUAUUUGUAAGUCUACGACAGAGCCUACCUCGUUCAAAUGUAUUUGUCUUUUAUAAAUAUUAUUAUGUAUGUAUAGUUAUAUGAAAAAUGAAAAACUUUUAAAAUGACAUUGCACGAAAUGUUACCAAUCUCGUUUCUUUUUUAAUUUUAAAAAGUUUUUGCUAUAUUAUAGAAUGUACAACUUUUAAGAUCUAACAAAACUUUUAGACUAAUGUAUGUACAUUUUAAUAGGCGUAUACUGUCAUUGAUAACCUGAUUGUCACAGGACUGAAGUAAAAUGUAAAUGUGUUUAUAUUUUUCUUUUUUGUUUUUGUACUUUAUUUUAUUUUUGUUUCUAUUAUCAAAUGACAGUGCAAAUUUAUUAGUUAUUAGAUCACAGGUAUGGAGAGUGUGUGAUUAAAAUGUUUUGUAAAAAAAUAAUUAUAUUAUGUUAUAUUUUGUGAAAAU